UAGAAAAAAAUAUAUAAAAGUCUUUGGUAUAUUUAAUGUUUGAUAAAAUAAACCGAGGGAAAACUGGUUCAGAUACGUCCAGGCUCCAUCGCUACCCUCUGCUCAGUUGCAACGAUGACAGGGGGAAACUGGUUCAGAUACGUCCCUUCCCGCCUCCACCUUCGCCGGUCCUUCUCUUCGGACUCUUUUCACCCGGCCACAUUUCAUCCUCCUCGAAGAGUUGUUGUCACUGGUAUUGGCAUGGUGACACCACUUGGCUGUGGGGUCAAAACUACUUGGAAGAGACUGAUAGAAGGUGAAUGUGGUGUAAGAGCAAUAACUAUUGAUGACUUGAAGAUGAAUGGUUUUGAUAGAGAAGUUCGGCUGUCAGCAUUUGAUCAGCUGACAUCAAAAGUUGCCGCGGCAGUGCCUUGUGGAACUAGCCCAGGGGAAUUCCACGACGAGUUGUGGCUCAAUUCCAAAGAGCAUAGAUCAGUUGCAAAGUUUAUAGGGUAUGCACUGUGUGCUACUGAUGAAGCCCUCAAGGAUGCUAAUUGGAUACCCUCCACCUUGGAUGAAAAGGAACGGACAGGAGUCUCCAUUGGUGCUGGGAUUGGAAGCAUCGUCGAUAUUAUGGAUGCAUCCAAAAUGAUAUGCGAGAAGAAUUUACGUCGGAUCAGUCCAUUUUUCAUCCCACGGAUACUUAUUAACAUGGCUUCAGGUCAUGUGAGCAUGAAAUAUGGGUUUCAGGGACCAAACCAUGCUGCAGUGACAGCUUGUGCUACGGGGGCUCAUUCAAUUGGAGAUGCUGCUAGGAUGAUUCAGUUUGGUGAUGUUGAUGUCAUGGUUGCUGGAGGGACAGAAGCCAGUAUUGAUGCUUUAUCUAUUGCAGGGUUUUGUAGGUUAAGAGCGUUGACUACCAAUUAUAAUUCUACACCACAAGAAGCUUCAAGGCCAUUUGAUUGUGACCGGGAUGGAUUUGUCAUCGGUGAGGGUUGUGGUAUUUGUGUGUUAGAGGAAUUGGAACAUGCAAAGAAGCGUGGGGCUAAGAUAUACGCUGAACUUCGUGGUUAUGGAAGCUCAGGUGAUGCAUAUCAUAUAACUCAACCACAUUUAGACGGGCGAGGUGCUGUUUUGGCAAUGAGUCGUGCUUUGAAGCAGUCUGGUCUUCGUCCUAACCAAGUGGACUACAUAAAUGCACAUGCAACAUCCACACCUUUGGGUGAUACUGUGGAAGCUAAUGCAAUCAAACAUGUAUUUUCCGAUUAUGCGGCUUCACAAGAUCUCGCCUUUUCCUCGACUAAGGGUGCGAUCGGGCAUUUACUUGGAGCAGCCGGAGCUGUAGAAGCUAUUUUCACUGUAUUGACGAUACACCAUGGAAUUGUGCCUUUGACACUCAACCUUAAAAAUCCGGACACCAUAUUUACUAAACAUUUCAUGCCAUUGACAACCUCAAAACAAAUAGAGGUUAAGGCUGCGUUGUCGAACUCGUUUGGUUUUGGGGGAACAAAUUCAUCUUUGCUUUUUGCUUCCGUUAACUAAUUGGGUUAGAAGCUUUCCUUGGCAAAAAUAAUAAUGCAUUUUUACCUCUGACCAAACUAACAACCAACUUUGUUUAUUGUAUUCUUUCUCUAGUAUAUGUGGGUUACUCACAUCCUCCCCAAACACUACUUGCAGGUAAGGUUUGUUUACACGCACCUUCCCCAUACCCUAGUUUUUGUGGGAUUUGGUUGCUUUGUUGUUGUAUAUGUCACUUCUAGUUAAGCAAUAUAUCAAUUUGCUUUAU